CGUAUGUUCCCUUUAAUUCCUAUUUCCUUUCUAUUUCCUGUACACACCCACCAAGAUAUAAUUCACGAGACACAAAUUGCUUGACUUGAAUAUACUGUCUUUCUUGGUGUUCUUUUUACCUUGUCAUUCCAAACCGCGCCGAUCGGAACCGCCCUCGACUGGUACAUCAACAUCCAGUCCUCGUGAAUGUCUCUCCCAGCUAACCCCAACACCGGCACGUCGCAGACGCAUCUGGCAACCGGUAAUCAAUCGCCUCAGAUUGGGAAUGAUAAAAUAAUACAAUCAAGAGAAACCGGCAAUGUGGUGCCCCAGCGCGUGCGGCCAGAUCAGGCCGAGACAAAACCAAAGCCAUAUGCACAUUUCGUCGCAGGAGGCCUUGGUGGUAUGACUUCUGCGACGCUCACAUCGCCCCUCGAUGUCCUCAAAACCCGUCUACAAUCCGACUUCUACCAAGCACAACUACAAGCCCUUCGUGCCUCUCACCCCGUACCACCAUCCUCGUCGAUUACCUCCCUCCCUCGUCUAGCGAUCCUGCAUUUUAGCGAGACGUUCCAGAUCCUCCGCUCGAUACAUGUCCAUGAAGGGUGGCGCGCUCUGUUCAAGGGCCUGGGCCCGAACCUGAUCGGUGUCGUCCCGGCCCGUGCGAUCAACUUCGCCGCAUAUGGAAACGGAAAGCGUAUUAUAAGUGACUAUUAUGACUACCGGGAUGCGAAAGAGACGCCCGUUGGGGUGCAUUUAACAGCGGCCGCAGUGGCGGGGAUUGCCACCGGCACUGCGACCAACCCGAUCUGGCUCAUCAAGACGCGACUGCAACUCGACAAGUCGAAUUUGGAAGCUGGAAAGGGACGACAAUAUAAGAACAGCUGGGACUGUAUCAAGCAGACGGUUCACCACGAGGGUAUUCGGGGUCUGUACAAGGGUCUUUCCGCAUCAUACCUGGGCGUGACGGAAUCGACAUUACAAUGGGUUAUGUACGAACAAAUGAAGAUGUUCCUCGGACGCAGGGAAGAGGUGAAACUGGCCGAUCCAAAGCAUGAGUACGGAUACUGGGAUACCGCGGAGUUAUGGGGUGGCCGGAUCGCUUCUGCUGGUAUGGCGAAGUUGGUCGCUGCGGCACUCACAUACCCGCAUGAGGUUGUCCGGACAAGAUUGAGGCAGGCGCCUACCGUGUCGACUGCGGAGGGUAAGGCUGAGAUGAAGUAUACUGGGCUUGUGCAGUGCUUCAAGACGGUAUGGAAGGAGGAGGGUAUGGUUGGGCUGUAUGGUGGUCUGACGCCGCAUUUGCUUCGCGUGGUUCCGUCUGCUGCCAUCAUGUUUGGAAUGUAUGAAUUGCUUUUGCGCGCCUUCGGAGCGACGUCUUAACGACUUUGCGUGACAUGACCCUCUUAAUGCCUGAAAAGUGAAAGGAAAAAAGCAUCUACACCGUUUAUUUAGCGACAUACCUGUAUUAUAUUACCUACCUCUCCGUCCGGACAAGCUGUGCGCAUUGAACCUCGGAAAGUCGCAUAGUCAGCCAUAGAUCUUGCUUAUCUUCAAACCCCUCCUCUACGAUAAAACAAUUGAAUGACCGUUUAUGCACAGCCGUUUCUGUUUCUUAUUGGAAUCUAGACCGCAAUAGAUAAUUGCU